AUGUUCUUCUUCGCAGUUCUUCAACACUUCAUCGACAUCAACUUUUUUGGCUGCUUCAAAGCUCACGGCCUUGGCAAAUAUUUAUCGGAGCUACCCCAGCCACUUCCAUCAUGGGAGACCACGAGAAUGACUCCUGAUGGCAAUACCUCCGCCGCCCUCGUGAGCAAAUUCUGGAGGACCAGGGCCAAGCCUUACGACUCCAAGAAGAACUGCUGGAUUCCCGAUGGAGGAGGAAGGGAUAUGUGGAGGGCAUCAUCCUCAAGACCGACGGAGACAACGUCCGUGUCGAGAUCAGCCGUGGAAAUGAGGCAUGAUUAUGCGAAGAGAAUCAUCUUAUUAAGAGAUGAACCCCCGGAAAUUGAGAAGACCGAGGACAUGUCCAACCUGACCUUCUUGAACGACGCCUCCGUGCUGAGCAAUCUCCGUGCCUGUUACGCUUGCAUGCUGAUCUACACCUACCCCGGACUUUUCUGCGUGGUUAUCAACCCUACCAAGCGAUUGCCCAUCUACACCGACUCGGUUAUUGCCUAUUUCGCGGCUGAGGGCGCAGCUCAACAAGAGACCUCCGGAGCCCGGACAGAGGUUGACCCUAACCAGAAGCAGGUCACCUUGAGGACCAGGAUUGUCCAGACCUGUAACCCCGUCUGUGAAGCCUUCGGUAAUUUCAAGACUGUCCGAAACAACAACUCUUCUCGUUUCGGAAAGUUCAUCCGUAUCCACUUCUCCAAGCAGGGACGUGCCGUUCCUUGCGACAUUGAACAUUAUCUCCUCGAGAAGUCUUUGUGUCAUCCGACAGGCUCCCUGGAGAGCGUUGGGCUACCACAUCUUCUACCAGAGGCCUCUGAUAUCCCCAACUUCAGCGCCCGUGAAAAGUCGGAGUGUGUACCGCCUCAUGUCUCCCAUCAUGCACAUGGGUCUCGGUUAUGCCUGUAUCUUCGGAUGCCUCGCGUCAAGAAGUGCAACCAGACCCUUGACCAACAGGGCAUCUCCCGUACUCACUUCAUCGGUGUGCCUGACAUUGUUUACUGGCUUGAAAUCUCGACUCAACUCCUC